UAAAUUUAUAAUGAAAUUAAUUUAAUAACAAAAAAUAAACUUAAUUAUUAAUAAUUAAGAAGCUCAAAAUGUUGAAAACAGAGAUAAAACCAAAAAUCAGCAAUGAUAAUCGAAAUUUAAUAAUUGACGAAUACGAGACGAUUAUUGAUGAUCUUCAGCAUGAAUUAAAAACUUGCAAAAUAGUACAAUUACAAUUGAAAAAUGAAUUAGAAGCUGUAAAAGAAGAAAAUAAAAAAACAUCAGUAUUAAUACGUGAAGAAUUUAAUCAUGCAAGCUGUGUUGAUUGUCCAGGAAGUAAUAUUAAUACUGAAUUAAUUGAUAAUUUAAAAAAACAAAUGACAAUUAUACAAUUUGAAAAAGAAUCAAUUUAUCAAUUAUGGCAAAUGUCAUUGAAAGCUGUUGAUACACUUGAAGAAGAAAUAAAAUUAUCAAAAUAUAAUUUUAAUGAUAAACAAGUUAAUACUAUCAAAGAAACAUAUUCAGAAGCAAUAAAAGCACUAGAGGAAAAACUUGUUCAAGCUAAAAAUAAUUUUAUAAAAUAUGAAAAACUUUGGGAAACAGGAAAAUUAAAAAUUGAAGAAUUAAAUAAUGAAAAAACGAAUAUUGAAAAAAAAUAUAAAUCAUUGCAAGAUAAUUUAAUGAAAAAUAAUGAAGAUAAUCAAAAAAUUAUAAAUAAUUUGCAGCUUGAAUUAGAAAAAAAAGAAAAUGAAUUAUUAAUUAAUAAAAAUUCAAUGAAAAAAUUAGAAAAUGAUAUUAUUGAAACGAAAAUAUUGGCUAAAAAAUUGACAGUUAAAGAUCAAGAGUCAAAAAAUAAAGUAGCUGAAGCUAUUGAAUUAAUUGAAACAGCAAUGAAAGAAAAAGAAUCAAUAGCCCAACGUGAAAAAAUAUUAAUCGAUGAGAAAGAGAAAUUAGAAAAACAAUUAACAAAUCUUGCUGAAACUUUUGCAAAACGUUUAGAGAAUGAGCUUGAAAAAUCCAAAGAUAAUUAUGAUAAAAAAAUAAAUAAAUAUAUUCUAGAAAUAAAAGAAUUAAAAUCAGAAUUACGUGAAAAAACAACAUAUCUUGAUCGUUCACAAAGAGAAUGUCGAUUAUUUGAACAAGAGCUAGAAAAAAUGAACCAUGGUUCUGAUGAUUUUAAUGAAAAGACAAGAUUAAAAGUAAUUGAACUUGAAGAAAAAUUAAAAGAAGCCAAUGAAAAAUUAAUAAACAAUGAAGAAAUUUAUAAAAAAAAAAUUCAAGAUAAAAUACGUUUAUCUGAUGAGCGAAUUGUUGAACUUGAAGAGAGACUAGCAAGUGUUAAUGAUCGUUUAAGGCGUAAUCAAAGUUAUACUGCUAGAGAAAUGGAAGAAAGAGUAAGAGAAGCAGAUGAUCGAGUCAAGGAUGUUGUUGAUAGAUGUACUGGUCUUGAUAAACGUUUAACUCGUGCACUUGAUGAACGUGAAAAUACAACAAGUGAAUUGAGAUCAUUGCAAAUAACAUUUGAUCGUGAAACUAUGCGAAGAGAAAAUGAAAGACGUUUGUUGGAAAAUAGAAUAAGAGAGUUGCAAGAUAAUUUAAAAAUAUCAAAUGAUACUCUUGAAAAGUCAAAUGAUAAAAUCAACAUGUUGACUAAUCAAAUAGAAUUAUUAAAAACUGAAAAUAUUCAAAAUAAAAAUUACAUUAACAGAAAUGAAAUAAAUCAGUCAAUUGAUGCUGAAAAAUCAUUUAAUUUUAAAAUGAUUCAAGAAAAAUAUGAAGAAAGAAUAACAGAGCUAACAAAGCAUGUAAAAAUUCAUCAAGAAUUGUCAAACAAAUGGAAAGAUGAAGCUGAAUUUUUGGCUGAAAAAUUUCAAACUCGUUACCAAGAAUUACGUUUAAAAUCAGUCAAUUUACAAAAAGAAAAUGAAGAAUUAAAUAGAGAAUUAUUAUCAUGUCGUCAACAAGUUGCAAUGUGUCGUGCCAGGAUAAUGCAAAGAUGCCAGACAGAUGAGAGUGACAGGUGACGUCAAAAUAAACCAUACACCAUCAUUAGUCAAAUGUGGAAAAAAACUGUAAAUAAUAAAUUAAAAUAUGUAAAUAAUAAUAAUGAA